UUGUUUCCUGUAUCCUAUUAUAUUACACUUGUCAACCUUUAUCUUGUGUUAUCUUAAACCUUUAAACACAAGAUUUGUCCAUAAAAGACAGACAAGACGGUAAGAAAACUGUUUCUCCCUUUCUUCCUAUGACGAACCCCUACAAGUUAAAUCUUCCGCAACAACAAGUGGGCGUAACCAUUAAAGAAACAGAACAGAAAUUAUACAUCAGAAAACAUAGAAAAUAAUACUGAAAUAUAUAAACAGGAAAUAUCAGAAUUGCCUCUCAAAGAAAAUUACAUAAUACUUUCAGUUAUUACUUGUAAAAUCAACACUCAAAGCAACAAUAAUAAUAUACAAAUUGUUGAUAUGUUAAAUUGGCUCUUACAGUUUAUGAUUUAAGAAAAGUCACAAAAUGCCUUUUCUGUAAUUUGCAACUGAAUCACACAUCAAGAGCGUUCUUUAAUCCCUGAAGUUGCCGGUCAGUUCAGUAUAAUACAGAAGAAUAAUGGCACACAGUGGCAGUUCUAGCUUGUGUGGAGCCCUGGGUGAUCCCUUCCACCACCUCUAAAUAAAAAUCACUUUAAAUAAACUUUGACAAAUUCAUGUAAAUAAAUUUAAAAAUACUAUAUAUCCCCUCAAAAAUUCACUUUUUUUUUUCUUUUUGAAGUUGGAUAGAAAAAUGAUUGUUGUACUAUGUGUAAUAACGGGCAAGCAAUAUAUCAUAAUAUAAGUGAUAUCAUUAGCCUACUUUAGUGAGAUGAGUGAUCUUUUGCACAUUUCCCCCUUUUUUUUUUUUCUUCUGCUGCUAUUGUGACGUUUAAUAAAGUGAAUAAAGUAGUAUAACAAUUAUCUACUUUAUAUUGUUAUAACAGGGUUCAUUUUUAUGUCCACAUGUCUCUGCUUUUUACACGUUACUGAAAAUGAACCAUUUUUACUUUUAUUUAGAGUUGUUUGAAGAAAUCGAUGAGAAUGUAGAAUUGAGUGAAGUUGAGGAGAAAAGUCAUGUCAAACCUGGAAAAAAAACCUUUGAGUUGCUCUCAAACCAAACAGAAAGAUUUGAAAAGAAGAGCCAAGAAAUCUUUCAUCUGCACUCAGUGUGGAAAGAGUGUCUCAAGCAAACCAAGUCUUGAGCAUCACAUGAAAGUUCAUACCGGAGAGAAACCAUUCACAUGUGAUCAGUGCAGGAAGAGGUUCGCACGAUCAUCACACCUUGGGGAUCACAUGAACAUCCACACUGGAGAGAAACCACACAAAUGUUCACACUGUGACAAGAGAUUCAGUCGGUCAGAAAGUCUGAAAACACAUGAGAGGAUCCACACCGGAGAGAAACUAUACACAUGUGAUCAGUGCGGGAAGAGUUUCACACUAAAAGGACUACUUACAGCACAUAUGAGAGUUCAUACUGGAGAAAAACCGUUCACUUGUGAUCAGUGUGGGAAGAGUUUCACACAAUUAGCACAUCUUAAAGUACACAUAAAUGUUCACACUAGAGCGAAACUGUAUGCAUGUGAUCAAUGCGACAAAAUGUUUUUGAGAGCUUCACACCUGAAACAGCACAUAAGAGUUCAUACAAAAGAGAAGCCACAUCCAUGUCAUUUGUGUGAAAAGAGUUUCUCACGUCUACAACAUUUGAAAGAGCAUCAGAAAAUGCAUACUGGUGUGAGAGAGUACAUGUGCUUUGAGUGUGAAAAUACUUUUACUACAUCGAGCAAUUUAAAACUGCAUCAGAUGAUCCACACUGGAGAAAAACCUUACAAGUGUUCACACUGUGACAAGAGAUUCAUUCAAUCAGGAAUCCUGAAAACACAUGAGAGGAUUCACACUGGAGAGAAACCGUAUCACUGCACUGCAUGUGGGAAGCGUUUCAAACAUUCAGCUUCUCUACACAGUCAUACAAAAAACAAUCACACAGAUUCAACUGUGAGAUUCCGAUCAACUCAAAGGUUCCUCCCCAAAGAACAAUGUCAAUAAGUUUUGUUGUUGUAUUUAAUUUUGCUUCAUGAUAUAAAUGAUAUCAUUGUACUUUCUUAUGAGUUUCAUGUAAUAUUCAAAUGUCUUAUAAUGCAUACUAAUCAAUUGUAGUUUGCUUACUCUUUCUUGAAGGAAAGUAGAAGUACAAGCUGCUCUUGUUCAGGAAGCUGAAGAAGAGGCUGUAACACUUUAAGAGAGCUGACAUUUAUUUUUAACCUUUUUAUUCACCGUUGUUUUUAAAAUUACUAUUCUUCCACUUACGGUGUAG